CUAACGGAGAACUUUACUGUCAACUUACACACCUUGGAUUAUACGCUAUGUAUGCGGAAAUAAAUGUUGAAACCCGUUCAUAGCGCGUAGGCCUAUUUCUUGAUUUGAGUUUGGGUUGUCAAGUGAAGAUUCAGGGGCAAAGCCUAGUUCCUAAGAGUUCCAGAAGCCUAACAAGAGGGAUAAAAACGAUACCAUGUCCGACCAUAGGGUUCAUCACCAACGAAGGUCUGAUUGGCGGUACCCCAGUUCCGUACGCCAAGAUGGUCGAGGAGUAAGAAUUAUGGCACCACAGCGAAAGAAAAAACAAUCUAGACCUACUAGGCAAUCGCGUAGGCCUACUGAUCAUCACCAAAGGCAAUCCACAAGGCGAGAUGUACAUGAUGAAGAAAAUCCUAUAAACGACGGCGACGCGUAUUCAGAAGACUCUGAUAGUGACGGAGAAUCAACACACAAUAUGGGCAAGGAUUCUGGGUGCACCAAUUGUGUCUCCGUCUUCAACAUCUUAUUGGGCUUAGCUAUAGUCUCCCUGUGGGUUUAUUGCUAUGUUACGUGUUACACGGGGAAAGUAAUCCUCAUCAACUUCGCUGCAGGUGCCUGGGCAGGCGGCCUGGUGAUAAUAAGCGGCAUAAGUACAUUCAUUUACAGUUGUGUUUGGAAUAGUUGUAUGGGAAUAUGCGCACUGUCCUUCAACAUUUUCGUCAUCGCUGGCGUAUUAGCUUGCGCAGGUAUAUCUGGUAUGGACUCUUUUAUCGAGUAUAGGAUAUACAAGGAUAAAAAUUAUGAAGCGCCAUCUAUAGAUGCAUCAUUUAUAACAGACGCACUUAAAGAUGCUCUUGACGAUGGUGAUAUUAAUGAAAAAGGAUCGAAUGAUGACUUUGCCUACGAUGGUGCUAUCAUUUACGGUCUCAUCACAUUGUGCUCUUUAUUGGUGGCAAUUCUCACUAUCGCUUGGAGUUGUUACUUCUGCGUCGCAGACGACGAUCUGGAUGACGACGAAGAGUAUCAGAGUGAUGAGGAUGAAUAUACAAGCAGACACCGCGAUAACGUCAGUGUUCGUUCACCCUUCACAUCAAAUGUCCCUCGGGGUCAGAUGGCCGAAAAUUACGACUUUGGUAGGCGUGGCUUCAAUUCACCUAUGAACAAGGGACAUCAACCAUCUCGGCAAUAUCAUCGACAAGAGCAACUAAAUUGGGGAUAUUACGAUGAUUAUAGUUUACAACCGUCGAGGCAUGCAACAGCGUACACGAAUGAAAGUUUUCAACCCCCAUUGUAUGAAGAGAAUGACCCCUCAAUCGCAAUGAGUGAUGGGGGCUGGAGAAACCGCGACAGGUACAUAGACGGUGGCCUUCAGUACCAUCAACGUGGACCGCCACCCUCAAGGCAGAAACCAAGAGGCAAACGAGAUGUAACAACAAUUUCAAACCCUGAUUAUAACCGGCAGACUGGUAUUCCACGCGCUAGCUCUAGAUACUACUCAGGGUCACUUCCGGACCGCAGGGAAUUCGGGAGAAACCAGUACUCACGGGGACAAAGAGCUUAUUCAAAUGAUGAUCUAGCAUAUAAUGGGCAACGAAGAGAAAACGAACAUUCUUCACGAAGAGUCGAUGUUAAUCCGGAUCGAAGUUGGAUGUAUAACUAUUACUGAUAUCUUCCUGAAAGACAAUAAAGCUUUAUCCACGAAGUUUAUGUGACACAUUUGUGUGAUGUGCCCAUAUAUGGGCAUGAUGAUUUUUGUCACAUAAAAUUUGAUAAUGUGGCUGAUCUUAAGGCAAAGAAUCAAAUACAAUAAUCAUUUACAAGCAGUAUUCCCACCUUGAUUUUUUUUAUGUAUAAACAUACAGUAUUUUGUUUCCACAUAAUAUAUUUUAUAAAUAAAAUGCAGGUAAGAAAAGAAUAGGUUUGAAAAACACUACUUGCAGUUGGUCUGUAUUAAGUAAAAUACUAAAAUGCAUUUAUUAACAUGCAUCACUGUUUGGGUUACAAUAUUUUUCAUUGAUGUUGGUGAAGAUAUUUGUAUUAGUACUGUAUGUACAGGGACAGCCCCUGUUAAGUAUAAUGACUGGGCCAUCUGCCUGUAGGUUCUACCAUUCAAACAGUAUCAGCAUUUGCCCCUGUUCAGUAUUUUGAUUGCUGGAUUUUUUCAUUUAUUUAUUUCAUAGCUUUUCAUCUUAAUCUUAGUAGUAGCUUUAGUUGUUAUAUAGCAACAAAGAAGAAUUUGUAGGUAGGUUAGGUGGAGUGCAACGUCAAACACAGAGAAACAAUAUUUUAUAUCUUUAAAAUGUUUUAUACUAGACUAGUAUUCAAUACUAGCAUAUUCCUUUUUUCAGGCAGACAACUAAAACCAGUAUGUAAAAGCAUUAAAUGCUGGCAGUGAAGGGAUUACAACAUAGUUGCAAAUAUGGUGUGGGGGGGGGGGGUUGUUAACAGUAGAGAAAGAACAGAGCCCCUGCAAAAUUAUUUUAUACAUAACCUUAUUGAAAACUGCAAUGAUAUGAAAAAAAAAUAUAUACUCAUUACAUAUCUUAGUUUAGAUAUAUAAUGGAAGAAAAUGGGAUGUUUUAACUUGUGGUGAAAGCCAUCAUUUAAUGUCAAUUUAUUUAAAUGCAUACUAAUUUUUUUACUGACACACAGAAAAAUAAGAAGACUAGGAAAUUACAGUUCAACGGUUUAUUAAGAAUUUUUGUUACAAAUAGUUUAGAUUCAGAAUGCAAAGUUCAAGUUGAAGUAUGAGUUUUUAACUACAUAUUCAACUGACUGCAACACAAAUGUACAAUUUUAACAACUUUAGAAUAAAAUGCAGAAUGGUUUGCUUUGAAAUGCUUAAAUAAAUUGUGAAUUCUGACCGAAAGUAUGUUCAAAAUUCCAAAUUUUACUGGCAGAUUUCUUUGAGAUAAAUCACUUGCAGUGGCGGAUCCAAGAAUUCGAAAUGGAGGGGCCCUGGGAGGGACUGAGAUAAGAAAAAGUAUGAUUAUGGCACUCUCAGACUUAAAUUUGAAUAUAAUUUUCUUUUUUUCUCCUUUUUCAAAAAAUAAUUUUGUAAAAUUUAGGGCACCACUGACUGGCUAUGCAUACAAUUAGUCUUUUCAAGAUCGAUAUUUGUUUUCUUGUUGGGGUUAGAUAAAAUCUAGCCUGAACAUUAAUUGGAAAUAGAGAGAAUAUUAGCUUCGCAGUCAUUCCAGAAUGAGCUUUAUAUACACACAUACUUACUCCAGUAAGAAUGAUAUUUGUGUAAAACUCAUAAAAUGUAGGAAACUAUAAAUGUUGCUCUUUCCAUUUCCAUUA